AGUUCGUCUUGGUUUCAAAAGCUCGGUCAUCGUCUGCAGCGUCGUUUGGAAGUUGUGCUCCUCUCGCUUGCUCCAUUCGUCGAACAGAAUACGGUAUACAGAGUUCCCUGUAGAAGCCGGAGGUACUGUUCCCAGUGCCUAGCCUGUCGUACUGGAGCGAGAGCGCGAGGCAAUUUUUUGGAGUUGUCUCACCUUAACAUGGUCGAAAAUAAGAAGGCACUCGCAAGUCGCCCGCCGAAAAAGGAAGGCAUCGAAGUGCACAUGUACCCGCUGAAUCCCGAUGGAUCAUGGAAGGACGGAGUGCCCCCACCGAGGGUGUUGCCGAAGACACCGCUGAAAACUCGGUCGAGUACGAAGAUUCACGCUCAGCUCUCUGGAAACGUGUCCUUCUCGAGCGCUUUUGCGUCGAGAAGCUCUAACGCAUACCACAUCGGCGAUGACGCGCUAAGAAAAGUUGUUCUUGAGCGCCUCAUCAGGACAAGGUUGGAGCGUGGACAUACGGACUUCCCCGUCAUCAUUUACGCAGAUUCUGAAUUCUCCGAGUUCACUGACGAGGAUGAAGAAAGCGAUGGCAUCGAAGACGCGGAUAUAAAAAGAGACGACUGAGAUACCGAAAUGAGGACGAAUUUAAUUGGCGCCCCCUAUCACUAAAUCAGGAUCGAAAAUUCUAAACAUCGGCUCCCCCUCCCACAACAAAAGAUUCGGCAAAAAACAAGAUCUGGGACUAUCGAUCCCAUGGACAGCAUCAAUGAAGUAUCAGCGAGGAUGAAUUCACGAUCACCCAUUAGCCUUGAUAGAAUCCGGCGAAUAUGGAAGAAAGGACGCGCAGCCGAACUGGAAUCAGAGGUUAUAGAAGCGUGUGUAGUUAUGUUCACUUGACCGAUCAUAAAGUCGUAAUCAGCGUAGCGAGAUUCGAGGACACAACAACGAUUCGGAAAAGAGCGAUGAGGCAUGAAACCAUGUAGCGAUUAGGGAAAACAAGAUUUUUAGAGGCCGCUCGACGGCCACGACUAAUGGAUUACCGUCGACGGUCAACGAAGAAACUCAUCUCGAUUUCUAGACAAAGACUUCGAUGACCAACCUUGUGUAGAGAUAAGCGCGUACCGCGCGAAGUCAACAAUGCGAGAAAACGAGAGGAGGUUUCGUAGGCUCCGACAUGCAUCCUCUUCGUAGCGAAAAGAGCUAGAGUUUCCUCCCGAAGUUUGCCAUGAAAAUUUAUCUUCGUCAAUCUCAGUGUUUACUUUAAUAUGAUACCCUUCGAUUUCCUCGGAUUUUUUUUUGAAACCGUGGAUCUCGAUCGACUUUCAGAUUUUUAAACGGGCCUAAAAACCUUCUUAGAACUCAUUUGUGGAUGCGCAAUGGAGGGAAGGCUCCAUCGCUACAGAGAAUGAUUGCUGCGUAUUUAUCGGAUCUCGAGCGUGGAAAGCGAAGAAGAAUCAACAAAAAAACUCAGAGAGGAAGCCGGAGCCAUUUUCCGAUUCGAGAAUCGCGAUAUUCAGUGGAGUAUCGCCCAUCGCUUCAGAAAUCAAACAGUAGUUUGUGAAAACCCUGAAAUUUUCGGAUGAAACCGAGCUGAUACUU